AUGGGUCUCCAAACCUUCUCUCAAAUAAAAAAUGCGAUAAACCUUUUUGCAUUCAUAUUGGCAGUUAUCACAAAUUGUGUGAUCGUUUUUCUGGUAAUUACCAAAUCACCCCAGAAAUUUGGCAAUUAUCGACAUCUUAUGGUUUAUUUUUCAAUGCUUUCAAUUUUAUUGGCUUUUUUGGAUUAUUUGGUGCAACCGUUUCAAAUUGCUGAUUUAGUCAUUGAUCAAAAAUUCAGCUUCGUUGGAAAAGAAACCUCAUUGUCAGAUAUAUUGAAAACAAUCUACGUCAUAAGCGAGGAAAGCUUCAUAAUGAUCAUGGAUUUAAAAGAUUCGAUUUUCGAAAAUCGCCCAACAAUUUCUCUGUUACUUUUGGCCUCAAUUUGCGAAUUCUUCCAAGCCACAGUUUGUGCGAUCUCAAUAAAUUUCAUAUACCGUUAUUUUGCAUUACAAAGAAAAGGCCGCUUAAAAUAUUUUUCUGGAAAAUUCCUCUGGCUCUGGAUGAUAGUACCAUUACUGAUUGGUGGAAUUCCAAUGGCAAUUUACUUCAGUUUGGGGCCAUCUCCCUAUAUGACCGAGGAGUUGAGACCCCAACUGAAACGAGUUUAUGAUAUCGACAUCGAUAAAACCACCUAUACCGGCUGUUUUUACUGGAAAAUCGAUCAAAAUGGAAUGAAAUAUUUCAAUUUUCGAGAAGUGGUUUAUAUUCUAAUUUUGAAUUUAAUCAUGGGUGCCCAUUGGAUUUUGAUAAUUUAUUUUGGAACCAAAAGUUACAAAAUUAUCGUAAAUCUGAUUCAUCAAGGGGAAUCUGAAUAUUCUAGAAGUCUCCAAACUCAGUUGUACAAGGCGUUGGUGGCUCAGACCCUGAUCCCAUUAUGUUCUCUAUUCUUCCCGGUUGCUGUCUAUUUCAUUUGCCCAUUUAUCUGA